AUGGCGGAGGAUGCUGUCGGUGAUGAGCAGGUUGAAAAGGAAGCAAAAACAGUUGGUGAGCAAGUGGCUGUUGGCAUGUAUGGCCAUGCUUUUGGUCCAACCACUCCAGGAUUCUUGGCAGAGGGACAGGCCAAAACACCAGCAGGAACACCAGCACCUCCAACACCAGGCAACAAGCCAAGAGGCAACAAAACACCAGGUACGAAGACCCCGAUGAUCGUACCAGCAUUGGAUCCACGAAGUCUCCAUCGUUUGCCACUGGGUGAAGUUGAUGAAAGUCCCAAACGGAAGAUCGUCCGACUGCCCAUUCCGGAGGCUAUGAGAGGAGAACCAGCCGGUAACUUCCCUCCAGGUGCACAUGAGGCCAGCCCAAAGAGACAACGUAUGGAAGAGGUGGUUGGCAGCUUGGCACCAGUGACACCACCUCUGUUGGGUAAGAGAGAGUAUUCACUUCCUUGGGACAAGGAAGAUGAUGAGAAGAGACGCAUGAGCCCCAAGCGUCGAGUCAGAAGCAUCCAGGAGGAGUUCCCAGGCGGCGAUGAGAUGAUUGCAGAAGAAGCCCUACAACAUCAGUUGAAUGCAGUCAGUGACGAGGAGGAGGAGAUUGACACCAACAAGGGCAAGACACCUGUGAUUGAUGAUGAGGAGUUAGCCAGACUGGAUGCAGAGGCAUGCAAGCACGAGGAAGCACGGCUCGAGGUGCGCAUCACCGGAAUCCCAACUGCAGUGAACACAAGUGACAUUGUGACCAAGAUCUUGAGCAAGGCAAGGAUGAACGGCCUCAAAUACCUGAUCAAGAUGAUCGAUGGUGAUGAUGAGAAAAUUGGAAAAGCCCAAUACGAUGAGAUCAAGUUGAAAGAAGAGCUCAAGAAGAAUACCAUCAAGAUGGCAAAAGCCAUGGGAGCAAAUGCAAAGGUAGCAUUGGUGAUCGCCCUGUCAUUGCUUCAAGGUGGGCAGGGCACAGAAGUACAAGAAGCAGAAGAAGAAAGUCAACCCGAUGAGUCCUGGUGGGUUCGGCCAUUGGUGACGAUGCUAUGCCUGUCGAUGAUUGGGGCCUUGAGUCUGGCACGGCUGGCAGUAGAUGGCAUAAGGGCAUGGUUGAAUGGAAGACGAACCUAUGAGGAGGACAUCGAGGAGAAGCAGGAUGAGUGGCAGCAGCACAGUCAAGCGGGCGAACCGCAUGUGAGAAGUGAGGAGAUGGUGACACCACCCCAAGGUGAGUCUUGGCAAGAAGAAGACCAGGAGAAGGUGAACAUGCAGUGGCAAAUUGUUCGGCUUGAAGUCGUGGUAGCCGAACAGGAAGAAAAGAUAGAGGAGAUCAAGAAAGAUAGGGAUUUCCAACAUCGUGAGGUCGUACGAAUGUACAAUAUGUGCAACGACCUCCGCUUUGAGCUGGAAAACCUGAAGGAAGAAAGAGCCAGGACUACGAUGAAGAUGACCGGGUCCAGUGGCACAGAAGAUGACCAUGUUGCCGAAAUGGAAAAGAUGGCUGAGGACUGUGCCAGGGCCUGGGAAGCUGUCGAAUUGUGGAAGAAGAAAGCCAAAGAAGUCAUGAUCCAAGCAAAUGAAGUGGUGAGAGAGAAGCUUGGAUCA